AUGAACAAGGUAGUAGAUGCUUCUGGAUCUGUUUGCAACAGUACGACCAAAAAAGUCAAUAAACUAAUUACUGAUGCACGAGUGUUCAUGGAGAAGUUCCAGAGCUCUUUUGAGUCCAAUACCGCGAAGGCUAAUGAAGUCAUUUCUAGCCUGGGCUCAACCCUUAAAAUAGAGAAGGUGAAACUUCAAGAGGUUCAUACUGGUCUUAAAACUGACCAUGCUGAGUUCAAUUCAUCCAUUUCCUCGAUGAUUUCAAAGCUUCAAGAUGACUUAGCCCUCGAGAGAAAAAUUCUUUAA